AUGUCGAUCUCAACUGCUACUCAUGAUGGGUGUUCAUCAUCAUCACCAAGAUCAGCGAAAAUCGCGAAUCUGAUCCGUCAAUUUACAAACACCAUGAAAUCCGGUGGUCUUAAGUUCAAAGACCGGUGUAAAAAACCCACCCAAGUACAUGCUCUUACCAUCAACUCCAUUUUGUCCUCGUCUUCAUCGAACAGCGAUGAAUCGACAACACUCCCAUUCGUCAAUGCUAAAUCGCUUCUUCCUUAUGGGCUCCCUGAUACACACCUUAUUGAACCCCCCUUAGAUCCUCACCUUAAUCCCCUUGAUUUCAUUAACUCAAUCUCGGACCUCUACAAGAGAAUCAUCCAUUCUUCCUCUGAAUCGGAAAGUUGUGGUCUAUAUUUAGAACAGUACGCGCUAUUCUGUGCAGUUGGUGAUCCGAAGCUGCUUCGGAGAAGUCUACAGUCUGCUCGGGAACACGCUGUCGACAUACAUUCGAAGGUUAUACUCUCUGCGUGGCUGCGGUAUGAGAGGAGAGAAGACGAGCUUGUGGGCAUUUCCGCCAUGGAUUGUAUCGGUAAAGUUCUCGAAUGCCCGAAAUCCGCUUUGAUCGAUAUCGGGUAUGAUCCUUCCCAUUCCGUUUUCGAUCGCUGCCAAUGUGUUUCCGAAAACGCCUCUGAGAAUCUCAAUGUCACUGGUUGCCGCACUUCCCUCAACAACGAAUUCUUAGUUCAUGGCAACGAUGACGAAAUCGUCUGGUUUUGCAUCGGAAACGAGGUAAUCACUUGUCUCAGACCUAAAAUAGCUUCAUUGUCUAGCCCACUAAACACCUUAUUAUACGGCAAUUUCAUCGAAUCUGCAAAAGAAACCAUCGAUUUUUCUCGAAUUGGGAUCUCAAAAGAAGCCAUGAGAGGUGUGGAAGUAUUUAGCAGAACAAAACAAAUGGAAAACUUUUUCUCUCCAAGUAUAGUUUUGGAGAUUCUAUCAUUUUCACAGAAGUUCUGCUGCGAGGAAAUGAAAUCAGCCUGUGAGGUUUACCUGUCUCCAUUAAUUUCCACCAUUGAAGACGCAUUGAUCUUCAUCGAAUACGGAUUUGAAAACAUGGCAAGUCUCCUUGUAGCUUCAUGCUUACAAGUUCUACUCAGAGAGCUUCCAAGCUCUUUAAACAACCCCAAAGUUCUAACCUUAUUUUCCUCUUCUGAAUCCAUGGAGAAACUUGCUUCCGUUAAUCAUUCCUCCUUUCUCUUAUACUAUCUCCUCACCCAAGUCGCCAUGGAAGAAAAGAUGACAUCAGUCAACACAGUCACACUCUUCGAAAGACUCAUCGAAUCAGCUACCAACACAUGGCAGAAAACCCUUGCGUAUCAUCAACUAGGUGUUUUGUUAUUUGAAAGAGAAGAAUACAAACACUCCCAAACAUGUUUCGAAGCAGCUUUUGAAAUGGGUCAUGUUUAUUCAGCAGCAGGGAUUGCUAGAACAAUGUAUAAACAAGGGAAAACAUAUUUAGCACGUGAACUAAUCAACAAGAUUUUAUCAGAACACAAACCAAACGGAUGGAUGUAUCAAGAACGAUCUUUAUACACUCUUGGAAGCAAAAAGCUUCUAGAUUUAGAAGAAGCAACCAAAUUGGAUCCAACACUUUCAUACCCAUAUAAAUACAGAUCAGUAUCAAUGGUGGGUGAGAAUCAAAUCAAUGAAGCUGUUGAAGAGAUCAACAAGAUAAUCCGUUUCAAAAUUUCCCCUGAUUGUCUUGAAUUAAGGGCUUGGUUUCAUCUUUGCCUUGAAGAUUAUCAAGCUGCUGUGAGAGAUAUAUGUGCAUUGUUAAGUUUAGACCCGAAUUACAUGAUGUUCCAUGGGAAAAUGAGAGGUGAUAAUUUGGUAGAAGUUGUUAAUCAAAAAGUACAACAAUGGACACCAGCUGAUUGUUGGGUGGAGCUUUAUGAUCGAUGGUCUUGUAUAGAUGACAUUGGUUCACUUGCAAUUAUACAUCAGAUGCUUGUUCAUGAUCCAGGGAAGAGUCUUUUAAGAUUCAGACAAUCUUUACUUCUUUUAAGAUUAAAUUGCCAAAAGGCAGCCAUGCGGAGCUUGCGUUUGGCUAGAAAUCUUGCAAAUACAAAACAUGAACGUCUUGUUUAUGAAGGGUGGAUUUUAUAUGACACGGGUUAUCGAGAAGAAGCUCUUUCAAAAGCUGAAGAGUCGAUUUUGAUUCAAAGAUCAUUCGAGGCGUAUUUUCUUAAAGCAUAUACAUUAGCAGAUGCAUCUCUGGAUUCUGAUUCUUCUUCUUUUGUUAUACAACUUCUUAUCGAUGCUCUCAAAUGCCCUUCAGAUGGUCUUCGAAAAGGACAAGCGUUGAAUAAUCUUGGGAGUAUAUACGUGGAUUGUGGGAAGCAUGAUCUUGCUGCAGAUUGUUAUAUAAAUGCUCUUGAUAUUAAGCAUACACGAGCUCAUCAAGGGCUUGCACGUGUUUAUUCUUUAAAAGAUGAAAGAAAAGCUGCAUAUGAUGAGAUGACAAAGUUGAUAGAAAAGGCGGGAAAUAGUGCUUCUGCUUAUGAAAAAAGAUCAGAGUAUUGUGAUCGUGAUAAUGCUACAAGUGAUCUGUCAAUGGCUACACAGCUGGAUCCAUUAAGAACUUACCCAUAUAGAUAUCGAGCUGCAGUGUUGAUGGAUGAACAAAAGGAAAGUGAGGCUGUUGAAGAGCUUACAAAGGCGAUAGCUUUUAAACCUGAGCUUCAAAUGCUUCAUCUUAGAGCAGCAUUUUAUGAGUCAAUGAGUGAGUAUGAGCUGGCAUUAAGAGAUUGUGAAGCGGGAUUAUGUUUGGAUCCUACUCAUAAGGACACUCUUGAGCUUUAUCAUCGAACACAAAAAGCUGCUGAAUAUACAUGA